GACACCUGCUUCCGCUACACAGAGGAAGUGUGGUUCGCCAGAGGACGGCUCCGGGACGAAUUUGCUGCCCGCUGCAUGCUCGGCCGGAAUCAUGUCGAGCCUGGCGGUGAGAGACCCAGCCAUGGAUCGUUCGCUGCGUUCAGUGUUCGUGGGGAACAUUCCGUACGAGGCGACGGAGGAGCAGUUAAAGGACAUUUUCUCGGAGGUUGGUUCAGUUGUCAGUUUCCGUCUGGUUUACGACAGAGAGACGGGGAAGCCCAAGGGUUAUGGCUUCUGCGAGUACCAAGACCAGGAGACUGCGCUUAGUGCCAUGCGGAACCUCAAUGGGCGAGAAUUUAGUGGGAGAGCGCUUCGAGUGGACAACGCUGCCAGCGAAAAGAACAAGGAGGAGUUAAAGAGCUUAGGCCCGGCGGCGCCCAUCAUUGACUCCCCCUAUGGGGACCCGAUUGAUCCAGAAGAUGCUCCAGAGUCGAUUACUAGAGCAGUCGCCAGCCUGCCCCCAGAGCAGAUGUUUGAGCUGAUGAAGCAGAUGAAGCUGUGCGUCCAAAACAGUCACCAGGAAGCCCGAAACAUGCUGCUUCAGAACCCACAACUGGCCUAUGCCCUGCUGCAGGCCCAAGUGGUGAUGAGAAUCAUGGAUCCAGAGAUUGCCCUGAAAAUUUUGCAUCGUAAGAUACACGUCACACCGCUGAUCCCAGGCAAAUCUCAGCCUGUCUCUGGACCUGGACCUGGUGGCCCCGGCCCCGGCUCUGGCCCUGGCCCUGCCACUGCCCCUGGGCUCUGCCCUGGACCCAAUGUUAUGCUGAACCAACAGAAUCCUCCAGCCCCUCAGCCUCAGCAUCUGCAAAGAAGACCUGUGAAGGACAUUCCUCCUCUGAUGCAGACUUCUAUACAGGGGGGAAUUCCAGCUCCGGGGCCAAUACCAGCCGCAGUUCCUGGACCUGGACCUGGUUCCUUAACUCCAGGAGGAGCAAUGCAGCCACAGGUGGGCAUGCCAGUGGUUGGUCCGGUGCCCUUAGAGCGAGGACAAAUGCAGAUGUCAGAUCCUAGACCUCCAAUGCCUCGUGGACCCAUGCCUUCUGGUGGCAUACCUCCUCGAGGACUGCUGGGAGAUGCUCCAAAUGACCCACGCGGAGGGACUUUGCUCUCAGUUACUGGAGAAGUAGAACCUAGAGGUUAUAUGGGUCCGCCCCACCAGGGUCCCGCCAUGCACCAUGGUCAUGACAGCCGUGGCCCUUCCUCGCAUGAUAUGAGAGGGGGACCCUUAACAGCCGAUCCCAGAAUGCUAAUUGGAGAGCCCAGAGGUCCCAUGAUUGAUCAAAGAGGUCUGCCAAUGGAUGGUAGAGGAGGAAGAGAGUCUCGAGGGAUGGAGGCUCGGCCCAUGGAAACUGAGGUCUUGGAGCCACGAGGAAUGGAUAGAAGAAUGGAGACCUGCGCAAUGGAAACCAGAGGAAUGGAAGCAAGAGGCAUGGAUGCAAGAGGACUAGAGAUGAGGGGCCCUGGCCCUAGUUCCAGAGGUCCGAUGACUGGUGGAAUCCAGGGUCCUGGCCCCAUGAAUAUGGGGGCAGGUGGCCCUCAGGGACCUAGACAGGUUCCAAACAUUGCAGGAGUGGGAAAUCCUGGAGGUGGUAUGCAGGGGUCAGGUAUGCAAGGAGCAGGGAUGCAGGGGGCAGGUAUGCAAGGAGCAGGGAUGCAAGGGGCAGGGAUGCAGGGGGCAGGGAUGCAGGGAGCAGGGAUGCAAGGGGCAGGGAUGCAGGGAGCUGCCAUGCAAGGAGGGAUGCAGGGAGCUGCCAUGCAAGGAGGGAUACAAGGAGCGAGUAAGCAAAGUGGGGGCCAGCCCAGCAGUUUUAGCCCUGGGCAAAGUCAGGUAACUCCACAAGAUCAAGAAAAAGCAGCUUUGAUCAUGCAGGUUCUUCAGCUGACUGCAGACCAGAUUGCCAUGCUGCCUCCAGAGCAAAGGCAGAGUAUCUUGAUUUUAAAGGAACAGAUCCAGAAAUCCACUGGUGCUUCUUGAAAGGCUUUUUAUUAGGAAGUACUUAGUUAUCCCUCCGCUGUUUAUUGUGUAGCAUGAAAGCCGUGCGAAGAGCUGUCUUCUGUGUUCCCAUACUUUAGUGGUUUAAGGAUUCCCUCUCCCUGGACCUUAGUCUUAUUUCUAGGC